AUGCCUUUGACCGAGAGACAAAAAUGGAUACUGGGAGGCACACUUGCAGCCGGAGCUCUUGCAGUGUUGAUCCAAUCCUCGAAAAACCCUCUUGUUAAGCCAAAACCUGUUGUUUGGCAGCCACAAUCGACCCCCAAAAAUAGGAUCUUCCUUGCUGUUAGAGACCGUUCCGAGCUGCAACCGUUGAUCCCUCUUCGGCCGCCGUUAUUGUUGAAUUUUGUUUUCAGAGGAGACACCGCGUCAAAUAAGCAGACUGGUGCUUUGCAGCGGAUCGUCGGCUACGAUAUCGACGAUGACAAGCUUGUCAAUAUGGUGGAUAUCGAGAGCGACGAGCCUGGUAACAAAGGAUUGCUCUUGGACUACCAGGUCACCAAAAUCCCGUCAAUUGUGUGCCUGAGAAACCAGAUCGCUCAGAGCACGUAUGUCGACGAACAAUUGCUGAAUAACCCCGAAUCUGACGUGGAUUACGAAAAGCUCAAGAAAUGGGUCGAGUCGCACGCUAUCGAUAAAUAG